UAACUCGCAAACGUGCUAGGCCCCAUGUCUUUAGAGGACACUGAUGCGGUGUAGUGUAACAGUUUACACUGAAGUGGAGGUUGGAACAGAGGUGGAGAAGAGAUUGUAGAGAACGAUGAACGAGGAAUACGUACGUCAAACGCCUCUCCACUGCGGGAGGAGGUGUUGAACUUAAAGCUGAGGAUAUGAAUCUGGAGAUGACAGUCGUUGAAGAAUAUGGCUACGUGGGGAGGAGAUGAGUGCAGCCGAGGAAGAGAUGGACACAGUGAGUGUUCCAGUGGAGCAAGCCGAUGAAGCGUUAAUAUCAGUGAAGACAUUGGAACUGGGACAGAGACUGUAGCAGUCAAAACAUAUGUCCAAGAUGAGGUGGUGGCAGAUCAGGACGGCCAAUCAGAGACUGUGAUGUAUGUGUGAACCAGGAAGGGAAGGACACGUCCCAUGUGGUCAACUUUCAAACCAACAACCCUGCGACGUCAAAUGUGAGGCGGUCUACACGGCUGCAGUCGAAGACACAAGAACUUGGAGGAGGAAAAAUAACACUGAGAACAAGAAAAACGGUGAGGCCUCAAGCGUGGUUUAUGUCAUCUCACCCAGGGGAAGAGAAGCCGGUGGAUCUGACAAGGUGACCCCCUUUACCUGCCCUAAGUGUGCCUACCACAGUCUGGAGGAAAAGAGCCUUCACCUCCACAUGCAAAGCAUUCACACAGAGGAGUACAACAAGCCCAAUGUGUCUGGGAAAAACAGAGCAGAGGUUUCACCAUGUCCCGACAGCACUCGCCAGAUAUUCACAUCAAUCAAACCUCUCCUUUCUUCAAAAACUUUAACAACUGAAACUCGUGAGAAUCAAACCGGUAAUGCUGGGACUCCCACCAAAGCAAAAGGCUACCAUAAGGCCCACACAUGCGCCACGUGCGGUAGGAUCUUCACUCGCUCCUCAGAUGUGAGGAGACACCAGCUCACCCACACGGGUGAGAGACCUUUCCACUGCUCUCAAUGYGACAGGACCUUCCAGCAUUCGUGGGACCUGACCAAGCAUGAGAAGAAACAUGGUGGGACAUCYAUCUCUUUCCCCUGCCAGAAGUGCGGGAGCUCCUUUGCCAACCUCCGCUCUCUGACAGCCCACCACAGAAGUUCCCACCUGGGCGAGAGCGACCUGCCCCACCUCUGCUCCAUCUGUGGCAAGAGCUUCCCCUCCUCCUCUGAGUUGCUGGAGCACAGGAAGAGCCACGGGACCAGCCUCCAGUACAUCUGCCAGCAGUGUGGCGAAAGCUUCCACUCCCUGCUGGCUCGCUCCCAACACCGGCAGACCCACCUGGUAAAGCGGCAGUUCAAGUGCCCGCACUGCGACAAGAGCUAUACGCGCAAAGCUGAUGUGAAGAGGCACAUGUUCUCCCACAGCGGCGAGCGACCGCACCAGUGCAACCAGUGUGGGAGAUGCUUUUCCUUCCUCUUCCUGCUCAAGAAACACCAAAUAGUUCACACGGGCGAGAGGCCUUUCCAGUGCUCCUACUGUCCCAAGAGGUUCACAUUGAUAUCCAUCCUGAGCAGACAUGAGAGAAUGCACACCGGGGAGAGACCCUUCCUCUGCUCUCAGUGUGGGAAGAGCUUUCUGUCCCAGGGGGAGCUGUCCAAGCACCACCGCUCCCACACUGAUGAGAGACCGUACGCUUGCAAUCAGUGUGACAAGAGGUUUAAGAGCAAAAAAUCCCAACAGGAACAUAUCAUCUCCCACACCGGCGUGCGCCCUUACCCWUGCUCUUAUUGUGGGAAAGGGUUCACCAAACCAUACGCUCUGACCAGGCACCAUCUCAUACACACAGGGGAAAGACCAUUCCCCUGYGUCCACUGUGGGAAGACAUUUCUCACCCCCGCAGAGGUACAACUACACAUCCGCAUUCACACAGGGGAACGCCCUUACCCCUGCCCUGAUUGUCAGCUGAAGUUUAGGAGUUCGUCAGACUUGGCACGACACAAACGCUUUCAUACAGGGGUGCAGACAUUUGUCUGUAACCAGUGUAUGAAAAACUUUCCCACCUCGUCCAAACUGAAGAAACACAUGGAGAACCACUCAGAGGCAGUCCAGAGCUCAGACUUUGGAGAAAAUUCAAACCAAGUGUGAAGUAAAGGCAGCAGCACAAUUGGCAAAAAUGGCAGACAAUUAAAGUAAAUUUACCUUCACAGCUAUUAUAUUCUACAAUGUCUCUGUCAAGGAAGAUAUUUCAACACCAUUAGAUCUCUAAAAUAAGAUAUCUUGUCAAUCUGGCUCAUAUCCAUUGCAAUAUAGCUAUCAAUUAUUAUUUUGUGUCUGAUCAAAGGAGUUGCAACUCCAUUAUGUCAUUGACUUAUUUUAUUGUAAAACUGUAUAUGCUCAGCAUCUUAAAUGCAACAGUUUUAAACUGUAAAAUCAGUGCUAUAAUCAUCCAAUUAGUAGUCAAUCAGUAGCUGGUCUAUUGGAAGCGCUGGUAAAUUAAAAUGUUUGUCAAUAACUUUUGAAGAAUGUCAAAGAUUAGUAAAAUGUUCUGUUACGGUAAUGAACCAGCCUUAGGUGGAUGCCAACUUGUCUCCUUGUCUUUACAGUUCCCAGCACAAUACAUGUAUUUUGUUCUA